AGAACGGCUCCUCAUGUUGCUCACCCAAUGUGAAAUGUAAAAUGGGGUGGGGCUAAGGUUAUGUAGCAAUCUGGUGCUGGAGUUGGUAAACAACAUUGACCGAAAAGGAGCAAACGUGAGAAGGUUUUACAGAGGGUUUUGCAAAUUGUGGUGGAAUUGAGAUCUGUGUGAAACAAGCCCAUCAUGGCUUCUGACAUGGUCCUGCUGAUGAGAGGGCUUGCUAAGCUCAGCAAGGCUGUCAUAGAGACCCAGGCUGGCAACCUGCGCCACAUUGCUGGCAGUGGAGAGGUGUUGGCCAUGACAAGGACCUUGCAGGCCACAGCAGAGGAGGGCCUGAGCAUGGCAAUGCAGGAAUUUGGGAAUCGGCAGCAGAAUGCGCCCGAUGUCGGGGAAGAGCUCAACUCCAUGUACGACUUUUCUAGUGCUGAAGAAAGGGUUGGGAACACAGAUUUUGCAAGCAGCAGUGCCAGAACUGAUGAGGCUUGCAGAGACAGUGGCAUUCCUUCUGAGGGAGCUGAACCCGGAGAACCAAGGAUGUACAGCCAUGUUUCUGGGAAAUCCAACAGCAAGCUCUUUGAGGACUUUCGGAACUCGGGUGGAAAGAUUUCAGGACAGACUCGCUCAUUCCACCAGGACCACUCAUCUGUUGGUGGGCUAACAGCAGAGGACAUUGAAAAGGCCAGGGAGUCUAAAAUGAAUAACGCCAAACCUCACAAACAGAUGCUAAGUGAGAGGGCAAGGGAGCGCAAGGUGCCAGUUACUCGAAUUGGAAGACUAGCAAACUUUGGAGGUCUGGCUGUUGGUCUUGGAAUAGGGGCUUUGGCAGAGAUGGCGAAGAAAUCUUUGGGAUACGAGGAACGGAAUGGGAGUAAGAAGGCAGUUCUGGACUCCAGUCCUUUCCUGUCUGAAGCAAAUGCAGAGAGGAUUGUCCGAACCCUCUGCAAAGUCCGUGGUGCUGCUCUGAAACUGGGACAAAUGCUCAGCAUUCAAGAUGAUGCUUUCAUCAAUCCCCAGCUGGCAAAGAUCUUUGAAAGGGUUCGGCAGAGUGCAGAUUUCAUGCCAAUCAAGCAGAUGAUGAAAGCUCUGAACAAUGACCUUGGUCCGAACUGGAGAGACAAAGUGGAGUACUUUGAAGAGAGGCCAUUUGCGGCUGCAUCUAUAGGUCAGGUUCACCUGGCAAAGCUUAAAGGUGGGAGAGAGGUGGCCAUGAAGAUUCAGUAUCCUGGAGUGGCUCAAAGUAUCAGUAGUGAUGUAAAUAAUCUAAUGACAGUUCUUAGCAUGAGUAACGCUUUGCCUGAAGGUCUGUUCCCUGAGCACUUGAUUGAGGUUAUGAGCCGCGAGCUAGCCCUUGAGUGUGAUUACGAAAGGGAGGCUGAAUGUGCCAGGAAAUUCAAGGAGUUGAUGAAGGAUCACCCUUUCUUCUAUGUGCCGGCAGUCAUCGAUGAGCUGAGCAGUCAGCACAUCCUCACCACAGAACUGGUACCCGGGUUCCCACUGGACAAGGCUGAGGAUCUUAGUCAGGAUCUCAAGAAUGAGAUCUGUGAAAACAUCCUGAUCCUUUGUUUGCGGGAGCUGUUUGAGUUCAGGUUCAUGCAGACUGAUCCUAACUGGUCUAACUUCUUCUAUGAUCCUCAGACACACAGGGUUGCCCUACUGGACUUUGGAGCUACAAGAGGAUUUGAUUUGGACUUUACUGAUAACUACAUAGAGGUUAUCAAGGCAGCAGCUGAUGGGAAUCGAGAAGAGGUGCUGAAACGAUCCAUAGAUAUGAAAUUUCUUACUGGGUAUGAGUCAAAGGCGAUGGAGAAUGCCCAUGUUGAUGCUGUGAUGAUCCUGGGGGAGGCUUUUGCAUCUGAGGAGCCCUUCAAUUUUGGCUCCCAAGGCACCACCCAGCGCAUCCACAACCUGAUCCCUGUGAUGUUGAAGGAGAGGUUGUCUCCCCCCCCAGAGGAGACUUACUCCCUGCACCGCAAAAUGGGCGGCUCCUUUCUCAUCUGCUCCAAGCUCAAUGCUCAACUGUGUUGCAAGCACAUGUUCCAAGAGGCUUACACCAAGUACUGGAGUGGAAGGAAAGACGGACCAAACAAGUGAUAAGAUAAACUGCAGGCAUGUUGUUUUUAAAGCCCUGCUUCGACUGUCAAUUGAAAUAAACACACUUUUUUUUUUUUUUUUUUUUUUUUAUUUGGUUUUCAAUUUUCUAAUCUUAAUUAAUUUUUAAUUAAUUUAAUUAAGAAGUAAUACCCUUGACAACCAAAUUCAUGCAUAUGUAUGUCCAGCAAGCCCCAUUAAACAACCACCCCCUUUUUUGUAAAUUUGAAAGCUAUACUUAAAGGAGAAAAACACAUCAAAUAAAUUGAUCCAUAAACAAUAUUAAAUGCAUAUAAACUUAAUGGUUAUUUAAAGUUUGGUUAUUUUAUGUAACGCAGUGUUUAACAUUAAUUGAAUGGAAUGGUAAAUCCCUGCAAUAAUGCCACCCGGCUUCUCUGUAAUGCUGCAAUGGAUGGAUUACGAUAUCUCAUUCCGAGCACAUUACUCACCUUUUGGGAGGAGAAAAUUAAUAGGCUACCUCCAUGUAUGAGAAAUAAAAUUAAUAACAUUUAUUUCCAAUGUAAAAAUGUGUAAAAUUAUCACUAUAUACACAUCCCUGUUGAACUGCACAUGUGGGGACAUGUUUAAUGGAUGCAAAAAAUAUUAAUAAGUUAUGCAUCCAUUUCAGCUGGUAAAUAUCUAGGCAAAUCAGUUGGACUUUUACUGCAUGGAGUGGCAUACGCACAUGAAUACAUAUUUUUUUAAAAAAUAAAUAAAUAAAGUGAUGUUUUUCUAUUGAAUUAAUCCUCUCGUACAAAUAAAUGUAUUAUAUGGAGUAAAAAUAGUAAAUUGAAUCUGUGUCUUGCAAGUCCUGUAGAUGUGAUACAGUUUAUUCACAUUGGAGGCUGAGCUUAGACUAGCUGUUUGCAACUUGGAUGCACUGCAGUUACGUUUGCGUGACCUGUACCUGUUCACCCGUUCUAUUACACCACUACUUGCAUGGGGUGAUCGGCAAGUCCUUUAUAAGAAUUAUUUGGGGUUUGGUGUUGUGUGGUGUGUUUUUUUCUUUUUUUUUUUUUUUUUUUUUUUUUUUUUUUGGGGUACUAGUGUUCGCAACUUUUUUUUCUUUUUGAUAUCCUGAAACCUUUCAUAGCUGCUUUAACCAAGACUUACUGUGACCAGGCUUCUAAAGCCUUACAGCUGUUUUCCUGGUAGCGAUGUAUUUGAUGUUUUAAAGCUACUUUUCAGGUUUGUAUUAAAUGUAUGUUUCAUUAUCAAGUCCCUUAAUGUUAUUGAACUGCUGAAUAAGAUUUGUAGGCUGUGUGUGUGUUUUUUUUUUUUUUGAUUAAAAGGGAAAUAUGAUAGCCUUGAUAUGAUUUGGUUGGUCUUUUACAUAAGGAUUUUUUAUAUAUAUAUAGAUACUUUGAAUACAGUAUAUGCCAAUAAAUGUGUAUCAUCAGGGAUCCAAGAGAUUAAAAAUAACCGUCCUUUUA